UUCCGCGCGCUUCAACAAGUUUUUGCCAAGUAAAAGAAUGAAGAACGUUUGGCUGGUGGGGGCUCUUUUUGUCAUAUGCUUCUCUUAUAGAGAGAGAAAAAAACUUUAUUGUCGUCUAUUUUACGUUUCCAUGCAUUUACAUUUUUUGCCAUAUUAUAUUUCCAUGCCAGCUGUAUUGACAGAAGGCCUCAUUUAAAAAAUAUUUUUUUGGUUGUGAGGGAAAUUUUUUUUGUUGUUUGUGGAAAAGCAUGGAAGGAAAUGAAGGUUAUCACUACCCGGCUGGUAUGUUUAAAUGGAGCAGAGAAUUUUGGGAAUAUAUUAGAGAAAUGAAAGGUAAAUAAAAUAAUUGGAGGACAAAAAAUAUUUUUUCUCUGUU